CAAUCAUGUGACUGUGACGACAAUUUGUUGAUAUUUCAUUUACAAUCCCUGGUCUAGCAGAUGAGAAACUAAACUGCAAGUUUAGCGCAAGAUAUGGCUACAAGUGGACGACAGUUCUGUGACAUUUGCAUCAGUCAGCACAUUACCACGCCCGCCAACGUGUGGUGUCCUGAGUGUGAAGAGAAUUUUUGCGAUAAAUGCAAAAUACACCAUGAUGUAGCAAAGGCAACAAAGAAGCAUGAAACAAUUGGCAUUGAAAAUAUUCUUAAACUUCCGAAAUUUGUCCAAGAAAUUAAAACUAACUGUGUAGAACAUGACGAAAGAUUUGUUUUAUUCUGUGGCGAUCAUGAAGUACCUUGUUGUGCCGAAUGUUUAUACAAUACACACAAAAGUUGCCGCAAGUUAACCCCAGUAAAAAACAUUGUUAAGAAUAUAAAGGAUUCUUCUGCUUUUGUUGAUCUUGAAGUAUCUUUGGCAGAUUUAUUAGCAAAUAUAGAAAAAUAUAUUGAUGAUCGUAGUGCGAAUCUGCAGGAGCUAGUGAAACAAAAAGCACAGUGUGAAGAAGAAAUCAAGACUGCUAGGGAAACUAUCAACUCUUAUAUCGAUUCCUUAGAACGUGAUCUUACAAAUAAAUUGCAUCAAGCUUUUGUUGCAAAAGAUCGUCAGAUAAGACAGGUGCUGACUGAUCUCGAAGCGCGCAAAAUUACGGUUGAUGAAAUGCAAGAAAAUGUUAACAGUAUUAAAACUAUUGCAUCAAAUUUCCAGACUUUUAUAGCUAUACGUGAACUAGAACAAUGGGCACAUAAGAAAGAAACAGAUUUGCAACAUUUGUUUGAAAAUGAGUCGUUCAACUGGACCGAGGUGUCAGUUGUUCUAAUAAAUAUCCAAUCAAUAAAAAAUAGUUUCACUACUAUUGAUAAUAUUGAUGGCAAACAAUUGCCGACUAAAACACUGCUGAAAGUACGAAAAACUCGCGAAGCACAGUUAAUGGGUGCAGGAUGUAUAUCUGCAAAAAUAGAUAUGAUAAUUUUGAAAGAAAAAAUCAAGGUGGAUUUACCCAAAAAAGAUAAAAACCACGAAAUUUUGGAUUGUGGAAUAUUUAAUAAUGGCGACCUGUUGUUCUCCGAUCGAAAAAAACAAAUGCUUAUUGAUGCACUAUCCUAAUGGUAACUUAAAACGGACAUAUGAUGUACCCUUUAUACCUAUAAGAUUCACUAUAAUCGACGAAAAGAACAUAGCCAUGACAACUGAUUACAAAGUCAAUGUACUCGAAUUAAGAAGUGGGGAAGUGACUAAAACAUUCAAGCAGGAUACAAGAAUAGGAUCCAUUGCUGUAUGUUGUGAUAACAAAUUAAUAGUUGAACAUGUAGGAAAAGGAUUUGCAAUUGUAGAUCUUUCAGAAGAAACAGAUAAAUCUAUUUCUAUUGAACUUUCAGAAAGAUGGUACCAUUCGAUGGUUUGUAUCAGCGAGAAACUGUAUUAUGUUGAUAGGCUAAAUAAUAAAGUCUGUUGUCGGGAUAUUCAAGGCAACAACUUAUGGGAAUUUCAGAAUGAUGGCAUGAAUUUACCAUAUGGAGUUACAUCAGAUGGUUCAAAUAUUCUCUUUGUUUGUGGCUUUCACUCAAAAAAUGUGUUUGCGGUUUCAUCCGAUGGAAAGUUAUUCAAGGAAAUAAUUAAACCAUUUGACAAACUCAGUCUAGCUGCAGCGAUCCACUAUAAUGUCAAUCGGAGAGAGCUACUUAUUGUCACGUUGACAGGAAAUGUAUUUCUUUAUGAAGUUGCGUACAAUAAAUGAACACUAAAUAUAAGCCCAUGACGAAAAAUCUUAUAGAACGAUUAUCUUUCCCCCGUACAUUAUUAUACAAAGAUGUAAUUUAUUUUAAGAAUACUUUAGUGCUAAGUCAGUCUUUAUAUAUGUCAUAAUGAUAUGUGAUGUAAAUUCGAUCAGAUUUCGUGGAUUGAUCACCUUCAAGAACGCUAAGAUCGGUAAGACGUUUAACAGAUGACCCAUUGUCCUACAUUUCUCCCUUUCAUCGGUCAAUAGUGUUUCAAUUGUACGUUUCAAACUGUCAGCAACCAUGGUCGCUUUUACUUAAACUAGAACAAAGUGGUAACGUUAUUUACAAAAAAGUCCUUCAGAAUUAUGGUUGCAUGACCAUUAACUUUGACCGAAAAAAAUAAUUAGAUAAAGUUCUUUUACAUCGACAAAACUUAAUACUGUUGUUUUAGCUCGUAAACUUUGGUUCACUAUUUUAUUAGGUUACGGAAUACAAAUAUUUUGACUUCGAGCUUCACUGAUGAGACAUUAUUUGUCGCAAUGUGCGGUAAAGUUAGAAUCGUAAAUUGUUUUAAAUGUUUAUCAAUGACACAUAUAAAUGAGUCACAAGUCAGACGCGUACAAGUAACCAGAAAAGCGCUUUAAACGUACCAAAAUUUAAAAAGCGUUUUUUUUUUUUUUAUUUUCAAGCACUGGGUCGAUCCCGCUGUUGGUGGACAUGGAUUGCCUGUCCCGCGUUGAAUUAUAAGUUUAUUAUUCAGUGCUUCCAAAAUUACAUGAUUUAUACAAUUCCUUUCUUAAAAUCGUCUUUGAAAAUGGAUCCUGUAUGUGAAAUAAAUUCAAGUGCGGAAACUGACUGGUGUAAUUGUAUUAUAGCUUUAGAAAAAUGUAAAUGUAUCAGUUUUCAAAAUUGAAUGAAAUGGUUCUUAUUUUAUUACAGCUAAAAUGGUUUAACACUUCGUCAAACAAAAAAUAAUUUUUAUAGUGAUAUAUUUGGUAUAUGGGAUCCUUGCAAGGUCUACAGGUCCGUAGGUCCGUCAGACAGUUUUCACCUGACUUCGAUCUCAUUUCAUGGAUCAGUGAUCAAAGGGUAAGUUGUCGUGGUCACUUGCGGACAUGCAUGUAUCUCAGAUACUGCAAUAGGCCAACAAUAUUGUGUGUGUGGAAUGAUUGUAAGGUGUACAUGUCAGACUGGCAAGUUUCAUCUGACCUUGACUCGUUUUAAAGUAAUAGUACAACACUAUAUUCAGUGUGUAGUAUGAAAUUUAAUCAUGAUAUGUAUAAAAAGAGAGACGCUUUAGCGUGUGCACGUAUUUUGGGUGGUUUUGAAUUGUAAAAUUUGUCCCAGAAAUACGCUUCGAACGAUCGAUACCACCGCCAUAGCAGUCUUAUUCCCUGGUUUGGCAUUUGCCAAGAUUUCAAACAUAUAGUAGGGAUUCACGCCGCAUAUAUUGGUUAGUUAAUGCUAUCAACCAUAGGUCAUUCAGAUUCUUUCCUCGGAUUCACGAAACUCGCAAUGCCUCUAUUUUUUUUUGGGGUUGAAUAUAUUAAGACAGGAACUAUAUAUUACAACUUUGACACGUUACUGUACACACAGCCUGCUACUGUCAGUCAGGGGUACUACGUGUACAAGUAAUCUUUAUUUACUUGAAGAAGUAAAAAAAAAAUACUUGUAUAAGUUAAUUAUAAUGUUUGAAUAAUCUCCCCUUAAUUUUCUCAAAAAUUUACUUGUAUUAAUAAAUUUUUUUUACAAUCCCACUAAAAUUCUCAAUUUUUGAGAUGUAAAAACAUACCUUUAAUGAUUUUUCCCAGGUUAGCUCAUAAUUUUUUAUUAGAGUUCAAUGUUCAUCUCAUUAAUUCAACAAAGAAACUGAUUGAGCAAAGAUCUUUUAAGUAUUUGCGCAAGGCCUUCAAAAAUUGCCCCUUGGGGGCUUGUAAAUGAGCAAUGUUCUGAAAAUAACAGACAAACGAGAUUUUCAUUGUCCAUGAAAAUACACUUAAAUGGUUAGUAAAGACAUCUGCAAAGAACAGACAAUUCAAAAUUCUAUUAGAGCAAAGAAGUCCUAAGAAUUCAAGAAAAGAAGAUAGGAUGACUUUCUUACUUAUAUAAGUGAAAAAAAUCUGAAUGUCUAAGGGACAUAACUAUGCCCAAAAAUUAUUUACCUAUACAAGUAAAUAAACUACACUUGUAUAAGUAUC